UUUCCUCUUCCUCCGCACGCUGGCUCACCCUCCCUUCUCAGCCGCUCAGCACCGCCGCCGCAGCCGCCCACUCGUGCCGCCGCCUCCCUCCUAGUAGUUCGCCGUGAAUUUCUACUCUCCUGUUAUUGAAAUCUGGAAGAGCGAAGAGCAAUGGUGGAAUCAUAUUUUCAGGGUGUCACGUUGAGCACUGCCCCAAUAUACCCAAAUGCCAUUGCAUGGUCUGAUGAGAAUUUAAUCGCCGUUGCCUCCGGCCCCCUUGUCACUAUACUGAAUCCGACAUCACCUUUUGGAGCACGAGGCACUAUUACAAUCCCUGAAAGUAAUCCAUUUCAAAUAGGGGUGAUAGAAAGGAAAGAUUUAUUUUCUAGUUGCUUGUUGCCAACUUGCUUAACUCGGGACAUCCAACCUUCUGUGCGGUCCAUCGCAUGGUCUCCUCUUGGAAUCGCUCCUGAUGCAGGGUGUUUGUUGGCUGUUUGCACAACAGAAGGCCGUGUGAAGCUUUACCGUUCUCCUUUCUGUGAUUUUAGUGCUGAAUGGAUUGAGAUUAUGGACAUAUCAAAUAAUCUUUACGAUUAUCUUGCAAGUAUUAAAUUUGGGGAGUUGGAUGUUCCUUGCUCAAAAUUUUCUGAUAUACCAAGAGAGGCAAAUGGGAGUGUUGUCGAUGUCCAAGAGCAUUUCACAAGCGAGGACCAUAAGCGAAGAAACAAUGAUGCAUUGAACUUAAACAAUGAAAGCAGUUUGAAUCAACCAUUGGAUAAAUCGAAAGAGAAACGUCCCAGGAGGACAGGAGAAAGCUCCGUGAUCCAAUUUAUUAGUGCACAACAAUAUGCUUCUCGCAGCGCAAUGCUGUUGUCUCUUGUUCUUGCUUGGUCCCCAGUGAUGCAGCCAUCUCAUAGUGUUCAUCCGCAUCUGAAUUCAUCUGUCAGUGUUCUUGCCAUAGGAGCAAAGUCUGGUGAAGUUACAUUUUGGAAGGUUAAUGUACCAGAUUGCUACUCCCUUGCUGAGUGCAUGGUUCCAACAAGAGCUCUGCUUGUUGGGCUUCUUCAGGCACACAAUUCAUGGAUCAACUGUAUCAGCUGGGCGUUGUUUGAUUCUGAUUCAUCAAACCCAAAGAUUUUAUUGGCUACUGGGAGCACGGAUGGGAGUGUGAGGAUCUGGCAAUGUUAUUGUAAAGAACUAUUAGCAUCUUCAGACUCUAAUUUUGCUUCCUUCUCCCUAUUGAAGGAGGUAAUCAGUGGUGAAGCAGUGCCAAUUACUCUACUUUCACUCAGUGUUCCCAACUUACAUGUGCAUAAACUAUUUUUAGCUAUUGGCAGAGGAUCUGGAUCACUUGAAAUAAGGAUAUUUAACAUACCUAGCAGUGAAUUUGAUAAUGUACUGUAUGGUGCACAUGAUCAUGUUGUUACAGGUAUAGCUUGGGGUUUUGAUGCACGUUAUUUGUUCACCUGCAGUGAGGAUAAUAUUCUGUGUGGUUGGAAUUUAGAUGGGAGUUCUCUCCGUGGAGUGCCCAUUUCAUCACACAUCCCUCAUUUUGGAAGCUCAAUUGAUCUUCCAGAUACAUUUCGGUCAUGCUUUGGCAUUGCAGUGUCCCCAGGAAAUCUUGUGGCUGCUGUGGUUCGCAACUUUGAUAUUGAAUCACUUGACCGAAUGUAUCAAGCAAGGGCUCAGAGAGCUGCUGUUCAAUUCUUCUGGAUUGGAGGAGAAGAAAUGGAAGUCAUGCCAAACAGUUGCUCAUACUUUGAUGCUGAAAAAUUUCCGGAUCUUUCUAAGAAGGAAUUUGUUCAUUGGGAAUCCAGUAUGUCGUGGUCUUUAAAUAAAUUUAAAGAUCUGAAUAAGCCUAUGGUUGUUUGGGAUGUUGUAGCAGCCUUGGUGGCUUUUAGGCAGUCUAUACCAGAAUAUGUCGACUACAUUCUACUUAAGUGGCUUGCAUCAUCGUAUCUCCAAUGCAACGAGGAGCUMUCCGCUCCAAAGAUUUUGUUGCGUGUAUCAAGAAAUGUGUCGACAUUUUCCACUCGCCAGCUUCACCUCCUUAAUGUUAUUUGUAGACGUGUAGUUCUUUCAGAAUUGAUGCAGGAUCAAGUGAAUAACGAACUGCAGAACUUGGAAAAACUUAAUGACGAUGAAGAUGAAAAGGAUAUUUUGUGGAAAGAGYUGCUUUUAAGCAGUGAAAGAGACCUCCGUCAGAGGCUAAUCGGUCUUAGUCUUUUUGCCUGUGCAAAGCUUCCUUCACUGUCCAUUACCAAAUAUCGACCUGGAUACUGGUAUCCCRUUGGAUUAGUUGAAAUGCAGCAGUGGGUUAGAUAUAAUCAUGAAAAUUUACGUGAAUCGGUAAAAGGCAUUGCAUCAGAAGAAGCUGGAAUACACCAUAGGAGCGAGCAUUCAGCAGUGGAGCAGUGUACCUUCUGUUCAGCAUCGGUUCCAUUCGAGUCUCCCGAGUUCGGGUUUUGCCAGGGCGUUAAGUGCAGUAGUGGAGCUGGUCAGACUCACAAACUAGUAAGGUGUUCAGUCUCAAUGCAGGUCUGCCCUGCUACAACUCCCUUAUGGUUCUGCGUUUGUUGUUGUAGAAGUGCUUUCAGAUUGCCUCCAGAUAUACUUUUCCAGAUGUCUGAGAUCCCUGACUUCAGUUCGUUAACACUAUCUGAUUCUGAGAUACCCUCGAAACCAUUGUGUCCCUUUUGCGGUAUACUGCUACAACGUCGACAACCAGAUUUUCUACUGUCACCUUGCCCGGUGUAAGCGCGUCGUUUUGUAAGUGCUUUGAACUGAAGCUUGUAUAUAGUUGGUGAUUAAGCUGAGAAUCAAACAAGUGGUAGCAGCAUAAGCUAGGCCAAAUGAUUUAGAUAGUUGUGGUAGCAUUAACAUAAUCUUAGCAGUCUCUAACUUAGAACAGUGAAGUGAUUAUUAGGUCAGAACAAUGAAGAAAAUAUUUAGUGUACAUAGAUUAUAUAUAGUUUAACUUAUCAAGUAUUUAAUA